AUGGACAAGGUGCAGAGAAAUCCAUCUCUUCUGACGCUGUACUCCGUCCUGAAGGACUUCAGGGGGGAACAUACGGACUUUGAGGCCCUCGCCUCUUAUUACGAACAUCACUACCGGGUCGAAUACAGCGAGAACAUCGUCCUAAAGCACUUCCUUCUUACGUGCGAAGUGGACCCGAGGAUGAGGGCCAAGGAGAACAUUAUCCUGUACUGGAAAAUGCUCAACUCACUGGAUCAUCCAACUCGAGUCCAAAACCGGAGGCAGCAACUUGAGUAUCUGCGGCUGGAGAAUACCAUCAACCAACACCUUAACCAGCUGCACAACGAGUUUGUGAGAGAGCAGAAGCUACAGGAAGCUGCUGGAAGAGGAAGCUCCAAUAAAGAAAAAGAAGAGGAAAGCGCUCCCGCUGAAGAUAAGCAACUUCCUGAAGAGGAGGAGAAAGAAGAGGGAGCGGAAGUAGGAGGUUCUGCAGAAGAACAUCAAGCACCUGCAGUGGAGGAGAAGAAGACGGAGACGCAGUCUCCUGCAGGGGAAGAAGAACAGGUAGGACCUCCUGAAGAAAACGAAGAGAAAACUCCUGUAGCGGAGGAGAAAGAAGAGGGAGCGGAUGGAGAAGAAGAAGCUCCUGAGGUGGAAGAGAUCAUCAAAGAUCCUCCGGUGGUGGAGAGGCCAACCCUGCGAAAACAGCUUAGGAAGGCCAUCAUGAAGAGGCUCCGGAGAGUAUGGCAUUCCACCCAAAGACUCAACUGCUGCUGCCGACCCAACACCAUGGCCUAAAUCCUUCCGGUUUACCUCUCCCAAGGGCGUAUGUCUGUGUGUCUGUCUGUCUGUGUGUUUGUGGGUUAUGUACAGAAGGGAGUGUGGGAGUUGUAUACAAGAGUGGGUGAGGGGUUAUGUACAAGAGGGAGAGUGAGGGGUUAUGUACAGGAGUGGGGUGAGGGAUUAUGUAGAGGAGGGAGAGUGAGGGGUUAUGUACA